ACCUAGGGUUAGGGUUUAAAUAUCUACAUACAUUCCCCAAUUUCAUAUCACAUGCUCUCUCUCUCCCCACCUGACUCUCUUAUCUGUAUAUCCAUCUUCGCCUCGAAACUAUAAAUCAAUUUUUAUUUUUGUAGGAUUUUAUCGAUUCACUUUCCCCACCAACGGUUCACCCUAUAAAUUGUUUAAAAUUUUAAGGUUUUGAGGAUGAGGAGGAGAUCUCAAUACCUUGAUCUAGGGUUUUGGGGUUUCAAUCCCCAAACCCAAGUUGAGAUCAUCAGGGUUGUGAAUUGAGCUAGGGUUUAGAUUUCCAUAAUCAAUAUAAUUCACUCUAUAAAUAGUUGAAUUUUGGGGGUUUUCAGGAUGAGAGCAAUGCCUGUGAAGACCCUGAUCUAAGCUUGGAGUUUCCACUUCCAUUCCCAGUUUCCAGAUCAUCAACAUUGUCAACCAUACUGGGUUUAUAGUAAUUUCUCUUAAUGACCAACUAUUUGCUAUGUGUAUUUGAUGUUUGGUAGGGUUUGGACUUUGGAGCUGGAAAUUGGCUUACAAGUUUGGGAUUAAAGGUUUUAAUUUCUUUUUUUCUUUUUUUUUUGGUAAAUUUUUCAAUCCCAAUUUUAGGUAAUCAAUACUGUAAAUGAUACUGGGUUUAUAGAAAUUCACCUAUCGAGAUAGGGCUUUUAGCUUUUGAUCAAUGGAUUCAUUUGGGUUCUUCACAAUCUGCAUGCUCCAUUCAGCUAUUACUGUAACCUGUGGUGCUCUGAUAAUGUUUUAUCUCAAAGAAAUCUCUGUUUUCGGCCAUGGUACCGAAACAGCUCAAAAGCUUAUGGGAUCAACACCACACGACCAGUUGUUGAUACAAAUAUCUGAUUCGUUUGCCGGGUUGCUUCUAUUUGUGAUUGGGUUACUGCUGUUCAUGGUAGCUUUUGUUAAGGACACAGCGUUUCAGAGUUUCUUUGCCAAAGGUUGUGUUCUUCUUCAUGUCUCAAUGGCCCUCUGGAGGGUGUAUUUUGAGAGGAGACUCGACGAUUUGGCUCGAGAUUGGCCAAGGCAAUUAGUUGGUGAUUUUGUGUUGGCACUUUCAUGGGUUUUCUUUCUGAUUUACUCCUGGAGGGAGGAGUAUGAUUAGCAGGAAGAAGAAGAGCAAUUGACUAUUGUGGUUGAAUGCCUUUUUUUAUUUUGAUAUGAUGUCAAAGGGUUGUAAAUUUGUUUCUUAAUUGUGCUAAAUGGGAAAUUAUGUGGAUAAAAUGGAAUUAAAAUGAUCAACAAUUUGGGUUAAUGAGCUGGGUGUUGUUUAUAUUUGGAAUGAUCUGUAUUCAGAAUUGGACAAUAGCACGACUUGAAUAGAUGGGGUUUGUAUUUUCUGAAUA